GCUCGCCCCCGCUGGGGCAGAGGAGGCAGCGGCGGCGAGGGCCAGGCUGCCCCCGGGAGGUGUCGGAGGGGAAUGGGCUCCAUGGCGGGGCUGCUGCCGCCCGGAGACUGCGGGUGCGAUGGAGACGCGGAAGCUGCCGGAGCCCGGCACAGACACCGGCAGCCAGAGGAGCGGGUCCAGCAAGAACAAAGAAAUCACACUGUAGAGCCUGUUAUAGAUGACUAUAAAAAGAUGGGGACUCUCUUUGGUGAACUAAACAAAAGCCUUAUCAGCAUAGGCUUCACGAGGAUGUAUUUUGGAGAACGGAUUGUGGAACCUGUAAUAAUCGUAUUCUUCUGGGUUAUGCUUUGGUUCCUUGGCUUACAAGCUCUUGGACUUGUUGCUGUUCUGUGCCUUGUCAUUAUUUACGUGCAACAGUAGAGUAUGGUGAAUGGCCUGUUGGAUAACAUAUUACAACCAUAUCACCUUUCAAUGGAUUUAUGUGUUUAAGCAAAGAACACCGGCAUAUUAAAAGCUGCAGUUUUCCAAAUCAUGCUACACAUUACAUUUGUGAGGUUUCUACAUUCAGACUAAAAUUACAUACGCAUUUUAAAGGAAGUCAACAGUCCUAGCACAUCUCCAAAGGGAAUGAAAGGGAUAUGCUACUAAUAAUGGUACUGUCCAAAGUAACUUACUCUUUUGAAGGGUUUGUCAGCACAGUAAGUUAGUACACGGCAAGCCAGGGUGUGAAUCUACUGCACACUAGCUUGUCAAAUGCUAACUCAGUGUGGACAAGCCCUGAGUGAGGGUAUGUGAGCCAUUGCAACUUUGAGGGCUCAGUCCUAGGUUGUCUUUUUAUUAAAUAUGGUAUAAAAACACCUCCAUCCGAAUGGGGUCAGCCUCUCUUCUGUGGUGUGGCUGAUAUUUUGAAAUGACACUUGCUUUGUGUAGUGGAAAUUCCUCUCUUUGUUUUGAAGAGUACACAUAACCAUGAGAUUUAUGUUCUGUUAUCUUUACAUUGUUCUCCUGUAAGCUUUUUGAAAGCUGGACCCAUAAAUCUGUUAACUAAAUAAAAAUGUGUUCCUCCACUGGCUUGCACGUGUGUGCACGCACAUUCGUUUGUUACUGUAAUGCCAGGCCUACAUUAGAAAAGGGUUGUCGGACAUAACUGUACCAGCAAAUCCUCCUCUGGUAGGCUUAGCUUAUACUGGCAAAAAAGUACUGUUGCCAAUAUAAUUGUAUCUACUCUAAGACUUUUGCAUAUAUAUUAUUGUCAGAAAAAAAAUCACACCCCUAACUGACUUUGCUGUGCUGGCAACGUUUCUAGUGUAGACCAGGCCUAGGUCUACUUAACGUGUGCUUGGCUGUGGCCAUUAAUGCCUCUUUUUAAAAUCAGAAUAGUUCUCUUUGAGGAAAUAAUUUGGGGACUUUGCAAAUAAAUAUAAAUCCCCACCCCUGCAACUACUAUUCCAGCUAAUGUGCUUAAAUACUGACCACAGGCCCUCUACACCUCAUAUGCAGGAGGGUUGUAUUACUAGUAUUAAAUGUGGAUCUAUCAACUUUGAUUAUAAUUCUGAUUUACUGCAGUCUGGGCCCAAUCCUAGCUUAGAUGCAAGCUUUGCUUGUGCAAGCACAGCAGACGCAGGCCCUAAUAUAAGAUAUGAGCAAUUACACAAGUAAGAGAAGUAUGUAUAGAUUUCAACUGCAGUCUUAUUCAGGAAUUUCUGGUGAUUGAUUUGGAAAUAUAUCAUCUUAGAGGUUCAUGUUGUAAGCUGAAAUAUCAGAGAAUAAGAGAUAAUAUUGUAUAGAGUUUUAAAAUAAAUCUGUAAAAUCCACUUUGAUAAUGUAGGAUCCAAUCCUGAGAAGUGCUGAGCAGAGGAAAGACCAGAGAAAAUCUUCACUAAAUAGCUAACAAUUUAGCACCUCUCAAAACUGUAUUUAUUUUAAAUACAGAAUUGACCCUAUCGUAUGCAUUUUUUCAUUUCCAUUUGUUUAAAUCAGUUUACAAUUUAAGAUGUAAGCAUUUGAAAUGCUACUUUCCUUUCGUUUUUGCAAACAUUUUUGGAUUGACAGACCUUAACCGUGUGUAGUUUUUAGUUAUUUACAAACUGUAGGCUUCAUCCAAAGUCCAUUGAACUCAAUGAAAACAAUCCCUAUUGCCCCAAUCCUUAAGUUAACUAGGUCCUUAGGAAGAUUCUUAUGUCCACAUGGAGUCCUGUUGGAUUCCAUGGCCUGUACAUAUUGAUCCAGUUGCAGGGCCUAUGGUGCCAUUCCUUGUAAACUUUUACAGCCAUUGAAAUCAAUUACUAUUUGUGGUUUUAAGCACUAAGGCCCCAAUCCUAGAACACUUUAUGCAUAUGUUUACCUCUAUAAGUAGCCCCACUGCAUUAAUGAGACUGUUUCCAUGUGGGAAGUUAAGCUCAACUGUAAGUGUGUGUCGACUGGGCCCAAGUUAAAAAAGGUAUCAGUCUGUACAUGAGUAAAAUAAGUAUACUGAUGACAUGGGAAUACUGUACAUCAUAAAAUAUUCAUAGAUAUGCUUUACUCAAACAUUGCUGGAAAUCUGGAUUUCCAAAAGCUAAGCAUGAAUACAAUUUGAAUUUAAUGGCAGCAGCUCUCGACCCACAAGUGCCUAAGGAUAAAUAUUUAAAAAUUCUUUUAAAACUAAUGUAAUAUACAUAGUAUGUUUGUGUAUUGUUUAUGUAUUGUGGUUUUGUCUGUGUAUCUAUAUAUGUAUAUAUGGGCUGUAUUACAAAAUGUGCUUAUUUUUUACAUGGCAUGCCUUUUUCCUCCCAUACAAGUUAUUAUUCAGGACAGUUCAUUCAAACUCUUUUGCCUCGUCGGGAAAAGGUCAAUGUCUUGUAGGAUAGUCUCUGUUGCUGAGACUCUGUGCACACAGACUAUGUGUUGUGAUGCAGAAUACACUGAUUUCCUGAAAUGAAAGGAAACCUUCCAUUGUUUUGGAACUUAAGGAAUAGCCGGCCAAAGGUGAGGCUGCUUGGUCACAGGUACAGAAAUGAAGUAGAGAAGACAAUGUAGUUACCUGCAUAUAAUUUGUUGUCUGUGCAUGUUAAUGAUCACAAAGAACAUGCAUAUAAUCAUCCCAGCAGCUCUCUUUUCCACCCGUCAUGCAACACACAUUCAUAAAAGGUGGUUCUUUACACUUGAUUUUAGUUCAAAGGAGUGUCAGCUGUGUCUGUCCUCUUUUGAAGAAGUCUAUAUCCUGCCCUAGAAGUCUUUCAUAUCUGCAUUUUUAUGACCCUAAAAAAAAAAAACAAGCCCCCACAUAAAAGGCUUGUCUGCCUUUAAUAUCUAUAUGUUACAGCAGUUCCCUGCCCUGUUUUUGUGUUUUUGUUUUGUUGUUGUUUUUAUUUUUGAGAGUGAACUAGGAAGACAUUCCAUUAUUCUGAAAAUGGUUUUAAAUGAGCAACAUAACAGAACAAAGAUGUGUAUCAAAAGAAAAUGUAUUGUCAAAUUGUGAGAAAAUGCAAAGGCUGCUCAUACAUUGCUUCUUCCCCCCACCCUACCCCCAAACUACAGUUUGAAGUCACUGGGAGUUUUGGACUUGCAAAGAAUGCAGAAUAGAGUCCCUACUCCAGAAAUAAAGGGUGAAUGUAAAUUUUGUUUGGAUACAAGGGGUAUAGUCUCAUGCUGAUAACAUUAACAUUAAUACAGGCGACUGUCAGUCUCUCUCUCCCCAGUUCUAAUUACAUAUGUUUAUGUAUGUUUGUAUACAAUGAUUGUAUAAAAGAAUUACAUCACCCAAAUUGACAUUAAAUAAUGAAAUAUGUAAUCCUUAUUGGUCUUUGGGGCAGAUAAGAUUUCUGUAGAACUAUUACUGUCUCCAAAAGAGCCUUCAGAUGCAUAAAUGUUUGAAUUACUAUGUACAGUAAGGAAACAGCACAUACAGCAAAGUUGGUGGAACCUCAUUUGUACUGAAAAUUGACACAUUGAAACUGUCCAUAAGGGGGAAAAAUGUUGUUUCCUGGAGAUAUUUGUGUGAAAUAUGUCUUAUUGAAAGCACUUUGUUACGCUUUCUAAUAAAAUGUAUUCUGUCCUCACAUGAA